ACUUGUUUAGGUUGACGGCAGAGAGAGAGAGAGAGAGAGAGAGAGAGUGAGAGAGUCGAGCCGCCCUAUAUAACCCUUCUUGUGUUUCCAUUCUUGAACUUCUCUCUUUCUUUCUCUAUAAGACUCUUCUUCAUUCUUUGCUUACUUUCUUGCAUAUGAUUCUUUUCAUUUUGACUCUCAGUGUUUAUGGCAGCUGUCUGAGCUUACUAUGAUUUAAUUGCAGACCAUGUUACGGGCAAAGCAACUUGGUACUCUCUCCCAAACUGCUAGGUCGAUCAUCUUUGGUGGGUCACGAAGUAGUGCAGCAGACAGUUCAUGUACUUGUCCUGAGGAUGAGACCUUCGUUUCCAAAAGGCCACAGACAGGGAACGAUGUUCGACAUCUGCAAAGAUCUUCCACCUUAGUUUCGAGAGAUGCUGUAAAAGCUGUGACUUCCCAUAAAAAUGAGAAUCCGGAUGACAAAGUUUCUCAGCCACAAGUUAUACCCGCCUCUAAUCCAUCAGGGAGAGCGGACCAUGUUAGUUAUGGAAGCUUGGAGGCAUUGGACGUUGUGCAUUCAUCGCCUCCACUUUCUGAUCAAUUUGUUAGGGCAGGUAUGGCAGCAGUCAACUUUUUAUCCGACUUAGUAAAUUAUAAAAUUCCGGUCUCAGAUGGCAGCAGAGUAUUUAACUCAUCGCAUAACUGUAUGGUUGAGUGUGCAAAACCUGUUUCUACUGUCAAACCUGUGACGACAAAAAAUUUCAGAAAAACUUCAGCUGAUGCACCAGCAACAUCAAGGCCCGCUAAUAGUAAUUCUUCCAGAGGCAUCAAGAGCAGAGGUGAGAAAUAUAGUUCAGUGAAAGGUGCUAAUCCCAUUUCAAAUAAUGGCCCGAGAAAUUUUGUUGAUACCCAUGAUUCAGUCAAAGGCGUUGGUCAUGUGUCGACCAAUGAUAGCAAGAGGACAGUACCUCAAGAAUCAAGACCCUAUUCAAGCCGUCUCAAGAAAAAAGCUCCGAUAGACAAGGAUAUGAAUGACAGGCUAGGAGGUUUCAACAAGCCUCUAAGAGAGACUAGAGCUCAUAUGGGAGUUAAUCCAAUAGCCAGGCAAUUUCCAGGUUCUGUCUAUCCCGUAGAAACAGUUUCUCACAUUCUGCAACAUAUGAAUUGGGGCCCAGAGACAGAAGACGUUCUUCGGAAACUCAACUGCUCGUUGGACGUCUAUCAAGCGAACCAAAUUCUUAAGCAGCUUCAAGAUCAUAGAAUGGCCCUCAGCUUUUUCGACUGGUUGAAACAGAAACCUGGGUUCAAGCACGAUGGGCAUACCUAUACCACCAUGGUUGGUAUCCUUGGGCGUGCUAGGCAGUUUGGGGCUAUAAACAAAUUGCUCGAGCAGAUGGUCAAUGAUGGAUGCCAACCAAAUGUUGUGACAUAUAACCGCAUUAUUCAUGGCUAUGGGCGAGCGAACUACUUGAACGAAGCAUUAGAUGUCUUUAACCAAAUGCAGAAAGCAGGGUGUGAGCCCGACCGUGUCACCUAUUGUACACUCAUUGACAUCCACGCAAAGGCUGGAUAUCUCGAUGUUGCCAUGGAUUUGUAUAAGAGGAUGCAAGUCGCCGGUCUUUCUCCCGACACAUUCACUUAUGGGGUCAUCAUUAACUGCCUUGGAAAAGCAGGUCACUUGCCCGAUGCUCAUAAGCUCUUCUGUGAAAUGGUGAACCAUGGGUGUAUGCCAAACUUGGUGACGUAUAAUGUUAUGAUAGCCUUGCAUGCUAAGGCUAGGAACUACACAACUGCACUAAAGCUUUACCGUGACAUGCAAAAUGCUGGGUUUGAGCCCGACAAUGUGACUUACAGCACUAUAAUGGAGGUUCUUGGCCAUUUUGGGCAUCUAGAAGAAGUGGAGGCGGUAUUUUCUGAGAUGAAGAGAAAAAAAUGGGUUCCUGAUGAGUAUAUUUAUGGCAUCUUGGUGGACCUAUGGGGAAAGUCUGGCAAUCUAGAGAAGGCUCUGGAAUGGUAUCACGCGAUGCUUGAUGCGGGCUUAUGCCCUAAUGUCCCUACUUGCAACUCUCUGCUUAGUGCUUUCCUUAGGGUACACCGAUUGUCUGACGCGUAUUACCUACUCCAGAGCAUGCUAAAUUUGGGCUUAACUCCAUCUCUACAAACAUAUACCUUGCUUCUCAGCUGCUGCACAGAAGCCCAAACAUCAUCUGACCUGCGAUUUUGUCGCGAGCUUAUGGAAAUCACGGGUCACCCAGCUCACGCGUUCUUGAAGACGAUGCCAUCAGCGGGACCUGACGGGCAGAACGUUAGGGACCACGUUAGCCGCUUCUUGGAUUUGGUGCGCAGCGAGGACAGGGAGAGCAAGCGGGGACUCGUCGACGCGGUGGUCGAUUUCCUUCACAAGUCGGGGCUCAAGGAGGAAGCUGCAUCCGUGUGGGAGGCGGCUGCACAGAAGAACAUCUACCCGGACGCAGUACGGGAGAAAGGCUCCCGCUACUGGUUGAUAAACCUUCACGUGAUGUCUGAUGGAACUGCUGUCACAGCUCUGUCGAGGACGCUGGCCUCAUUCCGCAAACAUAUGCUUUCCUCCGGAGUGUGCCCCAACCGCAUUGAUAUCGUGACUGGGUGGGGGCGAAGGAGUCGGGUGACGGGCACGUCUCUUGUGAGACAAACCAUAGAAGAGCUGCUCAGCAUGCUAAACUCCCCCUUUCUUCCUGUUAAUGGUAACUCAGGGUGUUUUGUAGGGCGUGGAGAGUCCCUUAGUAAAUGGUUGGUCCAACCUUAUGUUGAACGGAUGCAUUUGCUGUAGUUAUCAUGUAAAGAUUCUUGUAUUUGGGAUUUCCUAAGGAAUCAGUGUGCUAAAUUUUAUGAGUGUUCAGUGUAAUAUUACUUGGUUUUCUUUCUUA